AUGUUGGGCAUUGCCGGGAUCCCAAUCUUUUUACUGGAGGUGUCUCUGGGCCAGUUUGCCAGCCAGGGGCCCGUGUCAGUGUGGAAAUGCAUCCCAGCUCUGCAAGGUUGCGGGAUUGCCAUGUUGAUAAUAUCUGUCUUGAUAGCCAUAUACUAUAAUAUUAUUAUGUGCUGGACACUGUACUACCUGUUCGCUUCGUUGAAGGGCUCACUGCCAUGGGCUAACUGUAGGAAUGAGUGGAACACGGUGGAAUGUAAGGACAAAGACAUGCUGCUGUUAGACACGUGCAUCCUGCGGGACAGAAACAUCACCUCAGUGAAGAACUCCACUUUCUGUCUGUCCGCAAACGCUGUUGGAAACCUGAGCAAACUGCUCAACAUGACUGUGGACGGAAACAAGACCUACGUCAGCCCUAGUGAGGAGUACUUCAAGUAUAACGUGUUACACAUCUCUAAAGGAAUAGAGUAUCCAGGAGACAUCCGCUGGCCUCUAGCCGGCGCUCUGUGUCUGGCCUGGAUCAUCGUCUACCUCUCUUUAGCCAAAGGAAUCAAGUCAUCAGGAAAGGUUGUCUAUUUCACAGCCACAUUUCCCUAUGUGGUGCUGGUCAUCCUGCUGAUCAGAGGAGUGACCCUGCCUGGAGCCUUCGAUGGCAUCCUUUACUUUAUCACACCAAAGUGGGAGAAACUGAGCGACGCAAAGGUGUGGAAAGACGCAGCCACUCAGAUCUUCUUCUCUCUGUCGGCUGCUUGGGGAGGCCUCAUCACUCUGUCCUCCUACAAUAAGUUUCACAAUAACUGCUACAGGGACACUAUUAUUGUGACGUGUACAAACAGUGCCACCAGUAUAUUUGCUGGGUUUGUCAUCUUCUCGGUCAUUGGUUUCAUGGCACAUGAGCUCAAAGUGCCGAUAGAGAAGGUGGCAGAUGAAGGUCCAGGCAUUGCAUUUGUGGUGUAUCCAGAGGCUCUGACCAGACUCCCCCUCUCUCCCUUCUGGGCGAUCAUCUUCUUCCUCAUGCUCCUGACUCUUGGCCUGGAUACCAUGUUUGCCACCAUUGAAACCAUCGUAACCUCCGUGUCCGACGAGUUCCCCAAAUACUUGAGGAAACACAAACCUGUGUUCACCCUGUGCUGCUGCGCCUGCUUCUUCAUCCUGGGAUUUCCCAUGAUCACAGAGAGCGGGAUGUACAUGCUGCAGCUGGUCGACACAUUCGCAGCGUCCUACUCUUUGGUCAUCAUUGCUAUCUUCGAGCUGGUUGGGAUUUCCUACCUCUAUGGUCUGCAGAGAUUUUGCGAGGACAUUGAAAUGAUGAUUGGUUUCCAGCCAAACCGAUUCUGGAGGAUCUGCUGGGCCUUUGUGACUCCAACCAUUCUGACGGGCAUCCUAGGACUGAGUCUGUACCAGUGGAAGGUGAUGACAUACGAGGACUACACCUACCCCAACUGGUCCAUGGUUAUGGGCUGGCUCAUGGUCACCUGCUCCGUCAUCUGGAUCCCCAUCAUGUUCUUAAUUAAGAUGUACCUCGCACCAGGCACCCUCUCUGAGCGCCUCAAACUGGUCUGCUCUCCGCAGCCCGACUGGGGUCCCUUCUUGAUGAAGCAUCGUGGAGAACGCUACAAGAACAUGAUGGACCCUCUGGGAACCAACUCACUGGGCCUCAAACUGCCCCCCAAGGACUUCCAGCUCGGCUCCUACCAGUAGCAGCUGCCUCUGCAGCACCAGAGCCAACAAACCCGACCCCUGCAGGGGGGGUGGGGCACAACGAGGAAGGAGACCUUCACCUCUUUUUCUCCUUCCUACCAUCCCAUUUUCUCCUUCCCGUUCCUCACCCUCUUUGCUUCCUGUCUUCCUCCCUGUAAUGUGGAUAUGGAAACAGGCUCCCUUUCUUUACCACUUCCUCUCCUCUCGUAUGAAGGAGUGGGUUUUCACAGGUGGAGGUCUACUCCUCCACUGCUGCUUUGUACUCGGUUAAUGGGCUAUCAUCGCCUUCCACACAUGACCACUGAUUACUCCAGAACCCUUCCCAGGGAUAUUUAUUCCAAGAGAAAAAUUGUGUCAUAAAAUGACACAGCUCAGACUGCACUUGCAAUAUUAGACUCACCGUAGCUGCUCCCUAUGGAGUCCAGUGUGUGUGUGUGUGUGUGUGUGUGUGCGUGUGUGUGUGAGUGUGUGCGUGGUUUUGUGAGCAUGUGUGCUGUCAUCUUGGUGUGUAGAGGUAAUGAAUCAUUACGGUGGAAGCAGACACAGGAAAACAAAAAGAAAAUUGAGCGACAGAGAAACAGUGCUUCAACGAGCUCGGCGGGGAUCUGUGUUUUGUUCCAUCUCUGUACAAAUUUCCAUCUGCAAUACAAAUAAUAUCAACUGCCUCGGGAAAAAAAACAAAAAAACAACACAGUAUGCAUUGGCAUCACAUUUUGUUCCUAUCCAGGAGUAUAUAUAUAUAUAUAUAUAUAUAUAUAUGU